AAAGGUGAGUAAACUGGAGGUGUCUGCUUAAAAUCAUGGGAGAGAAAAUUCAGCAGUUGAAAUCGUGCAUUCUAGACUUAAGAAAUAAAAUCGAGGUUGCAGAAGAGAAAAUUCGAAGGGCGACGAAAGCUUUGGGGAUAAAACAACGGAGAUGUGAAAUGUUAUGGGAAGACGCCACAUAUAAACGCCGAAAGCUUGCAAUUAAAAAAGAAAAGUUGAAGAAGACGUACGAAGAUCUGGAGGCUAACCAUUCGAAACUGAAACAAGUGGACGAAUUACUCUACACAAAUACCAUGGUUAUCAAUAAGCUCAAAGACCUGGAGACGCGCAACACUCAAAAAAAUUUUUCGCUGGAAGUUUUGUUGAAAAAAACACGAGCGAAAGCUAACGAACUUGAAAACAAAGCAAGCGACCUCAAGACACAAGCUAAACACUAUAACCGGGAGAUUAAAACAGCAAAUUUCAUCGAAAUGAGAGCGCAGAGGAAAUGCAGCGAUUUGGAAAGCAAGCUUGUUGCAAAAAAGAAUCUUUUGGAACGACUGCGUGUAAAGCGCGAGAGAUUUUACGAAGAAGAAAAAGAUCGUAUUGUUCAAGCACACGCGCUGGGUGAGAAAAUCAAAGAGAGUACUAUACGAGCUGAAGCUGCUGAGAGAAGGUUGUAUUUGCUUGAAAAUAAAGUUUCAAAUCUGCGACAAGAGCUUUACAAGCAAACAGGGGAAGCUAGGAAAAUGUUCGUGCUGAAAAACGAACUAGAACACUUAUCCCUUGAAUAUUAAGGUCAAGGAAACUUCUAUGAGCAUAAGUCCUGGUUUUCCUUCACGCGUUCCAUUAUCGUUCGAACGUGAACUGUCUGUACUCGAUCGUGACAAUUUCUGCAACACAACCAAUUUCUUUUGUGCUCCUAAGGGUGUCAUCUCCUCCUCUUUCCACUCUUUUUGUUUCUCUUUUCGUUAGCUCUUUGGCUUCGUAAGUCUUUCUUCAUUCGCUGGUCUACGAUUUUGUAAGGACCUUUAACUC